AUGGCGGUAUCUCACGUCCAGCUUGUGCUUCUUCUCCUCGCAUCACUCUUCUUCUUACCUGCUUUGCACGCCAUCGAUUUCGAAUACUGCAACAGAGAAUGCCAAGCGUGCUCGAGACAUGUGUGCUUCGUGCUCUCCGCCGUAUCAACAACGACUUUUCUGACUCCUCCUCCUUCUCCGGGGAAAACGCUGGUCAUCUAUCUAGAAACGGUUUCCAACUGCGAUUCCGGGAAAGACUCUCGCCAGAGCCCCCAUUCUCCGACCUCUGUUCUUCGAUUCAACGCUAACGAUCCAGAGACAGAGUAUAAAACAGAGCUCGAGACUGAACUAAUCGAGCUAUCGCCGGAGAGAAAGUCGUCAAUCAGAGAAGAGUCGCUUGAGAGUUUGUUUCCGGAACCGUAUUCGUUGCCGGAUUUGUGUCUCGCUGGAGAAUAUUUCUGGGAUCCCGAAAUUCCACCUGAUCCUUUGUUUCUGGAUGAAAUCGAAAUCCAGGAACCGUUGCUAAACACGGCGAUUCCGAAAGAGGCAACCAAAAUCAACGACUUCUCCUUCACUUUGGACGAAGAUUUUGAGUCUUGUCCAUGGGAUGUGGGCAAAUUCUUCGAGCAACAGUUGUGGGACAAUGAGAUUUUUCUGGUGCUAGGAAAUUUUGGUGGCGAUGAUGAUGCCGAUGCAUCUUCACCGUCUUCUUUUUUUAUUGUUCUGAAACAAACUCAAAUGAAAGUCUGA